GCGGGGCAGCGUUGUGCGCCCCAUCGCUUGGCCCAGCCCGCCUUAUCCCGCUCGGCCUGGGGGCUGCCGCCACUGGGGGAGGCGCCCGGCUUCCUUCCCGCAGGCGCUAUCGCUAUAUAUCGUGCUGUCGCGGCCCUUCCCGUGACCUUCCUGUGAGGCGGGUGCCUAGCCCUGGAUCUCCCUGCGCGUCCGCUCCUGGAGGGUAGAGCUAGUGGGGUGGCUUAGAGACGUGGCCUGCAGGUUUUGAGGUUGAUCUUGCUGUAGGAUAAUGGCAGGAAAAGUAAAGUGGGUAACUGAUAUAGAAAAAUCUGUGUUAAUAAACAACUUUGAAAAAAGAGGCUGGAUUCAGGUGGCAGAAAAUGAAGACUGGAAUUUUUAUUGGAUGAGUGUACAAACAAUCAGAAAUGUUUUUAGUGUGGAAACCGGUUACCGCCUUUCUGAUGACCAAAUUGUCAAUCAUUUCCCCAACCACUAUGAGCUGACCAGAAAGGAUUUGAUGGUAAAAAAUAUCAAGCGAUAUAGGAGAGAACUUGAGAAAGAAGGAAGUCCUCUUGCAGAAAAGGAUGAAAAUGGAAAAUAUAUUUAUUUGGAUUUUGUUCCUGUUACUUUUAUGCUUCCUGCCGAUUAUAAUCUCUUUGUUGAAGAAUUCAGAAAAAAUCCCUCAAGCACUUGGAUUAUGAAACCUUGUGGUAAAGCUCAAGGAAAAGGAAUAUUUCUAAUCAAUAAACUCUCUCAAAUUAAAAAAUGGUCUCGAGAUAGCAAAACAUCUUCGUUUGUAUCUCAGUCUUCCAAAGAAGCUUAUGUGAUUUCUCUAUAUAUCAACAAUCCAUUACUAAUUGGAGGAAAGAAAUUUGACCUUCGUCUGUAUGUUUUAGUAUCUACAUAUCGCCCUCUGAGAUGUUACAUGUAUAAACUUGGAUUUUGCCGGUUUUGCACAGUAAAAUAUACACCAAGUACAAGUGAAUUGGAUAACAUGUUUGUACAUCUUACAAAUGUUGCCAUUCAGAAACAUGGGGAUGAUUACAAUCAUAUCCAUGGAGGCAAGUGGACAGUGAGUAACUUACGCCUGUAUCUAGAAAGCACCCGUGGAAAGGAAGUGACGAACAAAUUAUUUGAUGAAAUUCACUGGAUAAUUGUGCAGUCCCUGAAAGCUGUUGCGCCUGUAAUGAAUAAUGAUAAACACUGCUUUGAAUGCUAUGGAUAUGACAUAAUCAUUGAUGACAAGCUUAAACCAUGGCUAAUUGAGGUUAAUGCUUCCCCUUCUCUUACUUCCAGUACAGCUAAUGAUCGCAUCUUGAAGUAUAAUCUUAUUAAUGACACACUUAACAUUGCUGUGCCAAAUGGGGAAAUUCCAGACUGUAAAUGGAAUAAAUCUCCACCAAAAGAGGUUCUUGGCAAUUAUGAAGUCUUAUAUGAUGAAGAGAUGGCGCAAAGUGAUGGUCCUGAUCGUGACUUCCGAAGUCGUUCUGGGCAAUCCACUGGAACAAAAGGAGGUCGUGCAAGAGAUUUGGGAAAGCCUGUAUUGACCACCUGGAAAUAACAAUUAAGAAACCCAACCACACUGGUGGUAGGACAACAUCGUGUUCAUGAACCGAUUUCUCUAUUUUGCUAUGUUGUAUGUGGGAGGUAUUAAAGGAGGACAAUACAGCUUUUGAAAAGAAAUGAAAUAUAUUCUAAAACCAGGAACUGUACUAUACAUGCGCUGACUUGCCAAUUAUAAUAAUUAUACACAUGCACGUGCAUAUAUAUAUAUAAUGUAUGCAUAUAUAUAAAAAACUAAUUUCAUGCAAGUAUAUCUGUGCAUGUGCUUAUAGUAGUUCUCUGAAAGCAAGAAAUUUUGAACUUUCAGAAGCGUAUAUAUUCAGACUUUGAAGAACCUAAUACACUCUCAGCAAUGAUUAAAAGGUUUCUUUAUAAAGAUGACAACUCAAAAUAUGUGUUCUGAAAGAAGAUACUCGUUGCUCUGAAUAUAAUUUAUUUUCAAUAGUAGCCUAUCUCUACAUCUCUAUAACAAAUGAGAUACGCAUUCUGUGAAAGGUGGUAGUGGUGAGGAUAGUUAUUGCCAGAAUGAUGGUUGAUGGCUUCUCACUAGUAAAGGAAAAAAAAAGUAAUGAGAGAAAAUAGUAGUGCAUGGAGUAAGUAAAAAUAAAUAAAUAAAUAAAGUAAAUUUUUAUAUGCUGAGGGUUUUUGAUCGUUCUGUUUUUGUUUUCCCUUAAAAUGUUUUGUGCUGAUACCUCUUUAAAGGGAAAAGUUUAAUGUACAAAGGAAACAUUUAAUAGGGUAAAUUGAUGCAUUAUUUGACUAGCUGUUCACUUUUAUUGCAAGAUAAUGUGUCUUUUUGGAAAAUCAGACAGAACAAUUACAUACUGUAAUAAAUCUUAGUGCUUGAGACUUGCUAUACAUCUUUAUUUGCACCAGAGUCUCUUCAUGUAUUUAUGCGCGUAAGUAGAAUAUCUGUAUAUUUUGUAUGUACUAUAACAAAAAUAUUGUUGAACAUGAUAAGCUAUUUCUAGUAGCUCUUGUAUAAAAAUUUGUGACAACUAACUACCAAAAUAUAUAGAGCAAAAGUUAAAAAUAGGUAUUUCAGCCCUCAAACGUUGUAGUGUAUAUAAAUAAACUAGUUGAGUCAGUGGCUCUUGCUUUCCACUUGCAUUUCCACCAGUUGUUUGGCUGUUAUUUAUACAUAUAUGGAUGUGCAGCUCUGAUCAUCUCCUCCCCCCUCAUGUUUUUUUUUUUUUUUUGAUAGUGGAGAAUUAUGGAGAGAAAGACAAAAGUUGCAAGUAUCCAUGCAACCAUAAUACACUCUAAUCUGGAUACCACUAAUGCAGUGAUACUCAAUUUCUGCCUGCCAGAGCAGGCUAAGUGCUUUUUGCCUUUCUAUGUGGCAGGCCACUUAAGUGCAUGCAAGUUAAACUUAACCUCUCCAGUAAGUGUAUUGUUAAUAAUUUAUCCUGCUGACACAAACAUGGAUUCAAUAAUGCAGUGCUCUUUAAAGAGCAAGAAAUCAGAGGCUGCAGUUAGUUAUGGUGACCCUCUCUUCCUGAUCUCACUCCACUUUCUUUUUAAAAACAAUGGACUAGUGGUCAGACUGCUUUCUCCUCAUUUCCUUUUCCAAUAAGCUUUUUGCAGAGGUUGAAGUGUGAAGGCUUAGCUAUGUUAUCGCUUGUAAUGCAUACAAAAAAUAGCUAUACAAAGGGAGUUUUAUGGAACAAAAGUGAAAUGAUAUGAAAUCCUAGGUGAUUGCCUUUCUCCUUAUCAGUAACAAGCAAAAACUAACUGUAAGCAAGCAGGAAGUCUUCCUUUUCUAUGAAGAACUUGAAGCCUCAUAUAGAUAAGUGAAACGUUCUUGUGAAAAUCAAAACUGGGAACCCCCGUUGAAAAAUACAAUGCUUCUUUACCUGAAUUUCCCUAAGGAAAGGGUCGUAGCCUGUGGUAGCUGAAAAAGUUCGUUUUGUGCGUGAAACGACUUGUCUGCAGGCUCUGAAAUGGGACAAGGGAGAAGGAAACAAAAGCAGUCUUAGCUAAUAGUUCCAAGGGAGGAGGGCAGUACGUGAACAUCAUUCUGUGAGAUGUUUGUUUUUACCUUUCAAGGCCAUGUACAGGUGAAAAGCUGGUGAGGAGGAGGAAAGGCUUGAAAGGAAAACUUAUUGCAUGUUCAGGGAUAAAAUUUUAAACUUUUCAUGCCAGUGUUCCUUAGCUAAAUCUGCUGUUGUAGUAGGACAUAAAUAAUGGUACAAAGUGGUGUGUAAACUGAUAACAGCCUGGGGCACGCUCCACUAUCAGUUGGAGCUUAGGCGAUUAGUGAGAUGUUUAAACCAUUCAGGUCAUGUGUUUAUACUGUAGGAGUUGAGGGUAAUUAAAGGUGUGAUGUUAACAUGUAUGACAGUGUUCAACCUUGUGUGGAUGCUCUCAUUCAAAGGUAAGGUGGCUCUUUUUGCUGAAGCCUAAUUCUCCAAAAGAUUAAAGGCUGUUUUACCUCUGAUUGAGAGAGCUUAAAUGGGCUUAAAUCUGAGUGACUGCUAGUAGACAAGCUCAUGGAUCUGAGUAACUAGCCUUGGCCCUAGGCCAGUCUUCCUCUAAGUGCAUCUGACUGUAAGAUAAAGAAAUUGUUUGGGAUUUCAUGGGAGCAAAAUAAAUUAGAAAUAGAAGUCCUCAAAAGUUCUGACUUUGGCUAAUGUAAUAACUUGUCAGGAAGAUCUAAAAUAAAUAUGCUUCUCAGUCUUGAUCUUCAUAUGCUCAAGUGAUCAGUGGCAUAACGACAGUAUUGUACGAAGAAUUAAAUAUACAAGCUCUAAACAGCUACAGUUGUUAUAAUGACAUUAGUGUAGAAGAAGCUUAUUGCUAGAGUUGAAUAGUGGGGCUUGCUUCCUGGGCACUGACCUUUCUCCCUAUUAAUUCUUUGACAUGAAAGGCAUUAAUAAGAUUCCCACAGAAUAGCUUCUUUAUAUGGCUCUAGGAACUUAAUUAGAAUAGAAGAAACAGUAUUAUCCCUAAAGCUACUUUGUUGCUGUUGGCUUUACAACAGAACUUCUGCCUAAAAUGUCCCCGUCCCCUGGUUCACUUCCUGCUCUGAACUUAGCAAAACAAUGGACAUUUCACAGAAGAGAGAUAGUGCUGCACUUCAGCAGGAGAACAUGUCAGGCAGAGCCAUUUAUCUGUUGAAAAGGAAGGAGCUUUAUUCUGUCAUUAUAAAAUAAGGCUGUUUUCAAAGUAGUUACUAUUCAGUUUACGUAUGUGGAACUAUGACCAGAAGGUAACUCACAUUUUGUGUCUGCUUUAUUAAAAUAACUCACUCAAUCCUGCAGUUCAGUAGGAGGAACUCUAUCACAGCUGGUGGGUGUGUGUUGCAAUGUAACAUAACACCCCUGUCCUUAGCUAGGUGUUCUAACCUGAAGAACAACAACAAAGAAAGUCUUUAUUCCUGGAUUCUUUGCAGAAAAUAAAUGUGUAUAGCUAAGAAAAGCUGACUAGUCAUAAUUUUGCUAAAACAUUUGAUUAUUUAGGGGAAAUAGGAACAUAAACAAGUAUCUUGGAAAGACUAAUUGUUUUUAUGGAGGAGUAGGAAGUUGUUUGAGCUGGACUUCAAUUUUUUUUUUUUGUUUUUAAUUUUUAAUUUGCUAUCAAAGCUAGGCAAGCUUCAAGAAACUUGCCAGAGGUUGAAGCAGUCCAUAGCCAGAACGUUCCCAAUUGUUUUGAUGACAUAAAGAUAUCCUUACCAUUGGCAGACAGUUCUCUAUGCUCUAAUUAUUCUAAAAUUUUGUACCUAUUUAAAAGCAUACCGUUCACAUCUGAGAGAAAAUUGUUGUGUAAUAGAGAAGUAAGGACGCUACAAAACACUGAUUAAUAAAGUUAAUUUAAAAAAAUAAGGAGAUAAAGACUAUUUCAAAUGAAUUUGUAUUCUGGAAAAAAAAAUCUUUGAAAGCUGGCCAGUUAAAUAAUUAACUGAUGUGAGUGGAAUUAAACAUUCUGAAUUAGCAUAUGUAAUCACUAAUGGUAGUGCAUUUGUAAUCAAAAUAUUGUUCAGGGUUUAAACUUAGGUUUGCAACGGAAUAUGUAACACUUAGGAUUUUUUUAUCUAGAGGUAAGUAUUCUGAAGAGAGUGAUAAAAUGUUACAGCAAGAGCCAAGAACUGGCAACAGAAUCUGCACUGAGUGAAGCCAAGAUAAAAUGUUGGUACUUAAAAGGACACAUGAAAUUUCUGAGGACAGCAAAGGACACAAGAAGCAUGUUUAAAAAUAGAUUGUGUUAAAAAUAAAAAUAACCGUGGGAUAUUUGCCUAAAAUGUGGGAAGAUUUUUUUUUCCAGAAAUUUCUUGUCUUGUCCCUUACAGUCAAAAUUAAAUGCCCAUCAAUGGGCUUAUAUAAACUGUUAGCCUUUCUUCUAAGAAAAAAAGAUUGAGAUGAUCUUUCCAAGGAUGUCACAUUUUGAGUAAAACUGAAAACACACAGAGAACAACUGAAUUUUAAUAUUUACAAAUAUAUAUAUAUAUAUAUCUCAAAAUGCUAAAAUCAAGAUGAACAAUGCCAUUUUGAAGUGUGAUUCAUACCUCUAAGUUAUUUAUGGCAUCAUAAUAGUGUCGUCAUACUGGCGGGUUGCAUGACUGGUGGUAGAUAUAGACAGACCACUAAUCUCUUUUAAUUCAGUACAAGAAAAAUGUAAUGCUUGAAUAAUCAUAAUUUCAAUUUUAUAAAUAGAAAAAAUAGUAGUUUACCAACUACUGAGGUAUAUUUCUCCAAGCAGUUUUUUUAGUGCAUGUAAGUGGUGCAUGUGACCUCAAACCUGUAUAUCUACAUACAUUAAACUGUAUUACCAUAUGUAAUGAAGUCAAACUAAGCAGCAGCAUGUGCAGACAAAUUCUGCUUUCACAUAGAGAGGUAAUUUAUAGGAAGAUCAAUAGCAUUGAUGCAAAAUGUAGACUAGGCCAACUUAAAUAAUGUUGUUUUGUAAUUGUUUCAAAUUAUACACUUGGAAAGGGGGUACAUUUUUUUUUUCAAUUAAAAAUGUUUUAAAAUUC